AUCUUUCUAACUGCAUUAUCUCCAAUAUCUUUGAAAUCUAUAUAUAAGAAAAGGGGGCUAAGCAGAUAUAAUUCAAAGUAAAAACAAAAAUCUUGAAGAACCAGAAACAAACAGAGGGAAAAAAGAAAAUGGCAGAAUUGUUCAUUAUGCAAGCAAAACAAUAUGCAGAAGGCAGGCCUAAUUACCCACAAGAGUUAUUCCAAUUUAUUGCCUCCAAGACUCCAGGGAAAGGCCUUGCAUGGGAUGUUGGCACUGGAAGCGGCCAGGCUGCUCAAUCUCUUGCUGAAAUCUACAAGAAUGUAAUAGCCACAGACACCAGCCUGAAACAAUUGGAAUUUGCACCAAAGCUACCUAAUGUUCGAUAUCAACGUACACCUCCAGUCAUUCCAAUGAACGAAUUCGAACAAUAUAUUUCUUCAGAAUCCAGUGUUGAUUUAGUGACAAUUGCUCAAGCUAUCCACUGGUUUGACCUUCCUGCAUUCUAUCAGCAAGUCAAGUGGGUACUCAAGAAGCCUCAUGGAGUCAUUGCUGCCUGGUGCUACACAGUGCCUGAAGUUAAUGAAUCUGUUGAUUCAGUUUUCCACCCAUUCUACACCAUUGAUUCUGAGCCUUUUUGGAGUUCAGGGCGAAAAUGGGUGGAUGACAAGUACACAAACAUCCAUUUCCCAUUUGAGCCCGUGGAGGGAGUUGAUCACACAGGACCACACAGGUUUGUGAUAGAGAAAGUGAUGAGCUUGGAUGAUUAUUUUACAUACUUAAGGUCAUGGUCUGCGUAUCAAACAGCUAAGGAAAGGGGUGUUGAUCUUCUGAAGGAUGAAGUGACUAAAGAGUUCAAGAAUGCUUGGAAUAAAGAUGGGGAAGACAAGAAAGUUGUCAAGUUUCCUAUUUAUUUGAGGAUUGGUAAGGUAGGGAACAUGGAAGAUUAAUGGUUAAUUAGGUGGUUCAGUGAUCAUUUUGUCCGUCUGUUGUCCUUGAUCCAAUUGUUCUACGAAGUGAGUUUCUACUAUGCAUUGUCAUGUUUCUCAAUGGCUGCAAGGCUAGGCCUUCGCUUUUAAUAUCUUGGUCUAGAGUAGAAUCCUCUGCUCUAUUCUUUUCCUCAAAUCAGCAUCGUUCAAAGUAAGAUAACUGGUUUUGUUCUUGAUGGCAACAACAAUAUCAGUUAGUUUAUGAGUAUAUUGUUCCCAUUUGACCAGGCCAUUGGCUUAUUCAGGUUAAAUUGCUUGAUUACUUAUAUUAAAUUGUUAUUAAUAUUUUAAUUUUU